CGAGCUUCAUCCAUCUGCCUCAUCCUCCACCACGCCUUGGCCCCCCGAGCCUCUUCUCAUCUUCGGCAUCCCCAUGCAUGCUGCUGUCUUGCUUCUUAGACCUUGACACUGGGCCCAGACACUGGUCGCACACGCACACAGCACUGGACGCUGCGUCGCCAUGUGCUGGUCUUUCAACUUUGGCUUUCCUGCCAACAAGAAGCCCAAGUCCUCGUCGUCGUCUGGAGAGAAGAAGAAGCAGCGCGACGCCCCGGCCAAAGGCGCCCUUCGGGGCGAUGGAAAGCCAAUCACGAGGCAAUUCUCAGAGAAGCGCAGCUCAAAAGGCUCUACCAGAACAAGAACGUCCAGAGACUCUGCCCAGUCUGCGCCGCCUUCUCCGCGCCGCGAAAAACAAAGAGACGGGCACCGUCCGCCAUCGCACCGUCAGUACGAGGAUGCCUAUCGAAGACGCGAAAACUAUCGCCCAGCUUUGAACCUACAAGUCCCACAAACAUACCAACGCACCCUUGGGCCCGACAGCGUCAAUUCAUCCCAGGAGACGUUGUUGAACCCACGACCCCACCGAAGUCAGCACCAUCGGCGGCGUCACACUACACAAUCAUCGCAAGGCACUCUGCGCGGGCGUGGAGCAAAGCGAGACCCUCCAAGGAACUCGAAAUCAAAGAAGAGUAUCCGCCCUGAGCCGUCUCAUGCGUGGUCUUUCUUUACGCCUUCUCCGCCAAGGACUCCCAAGCGCGAACAACGCAGCUACCAAACGCUCGACUCAACACCGCGCAGUCAUCGCUCGUCACGCCAUCACAAUUCCUCGACUACUUCUCAAGCGAGUCCAGAAUCUUCGCGGUCUCAGACUCGCCAUCAUCGCUCUCGUCGCCACGACCACUCCUCGUCAUCAUCCUCCCGCCAGGCUCGCCCUCGCACACCCAAUACAACUGCUCAUCGUCUACCAGACCGACGCUUUGCCGUCCUGGCCGCAACAAACCAAGCCCUUGAAGAGGUCCGCCAGGAGGCUUUUGCGCAACCGUCUCCUCCACCAAGGCGUGAGAGGCUGCGUCGUUAUGAAGGCGUCACUAUACCCUCUUCUCAAAUACCUUUCAGCUGGGAUUGCGUGAGCACGUCACAGACCUCAUCUGGACACAGUAACAAUUACGGAGAGUCGAGUCGACGACCAAGACGUUCGCGUCGUUGAUUUUCCUUGUUCACAGCAUUGUAGACUCUGCUUUUUCCAUGCAUCGUUUCUUCUGCAUUCAUAGUAGGAUACCCCCUGCACAUAUGCAUACACUGGUGUUUUGGGCGUCACAUUGCAUUGCAUUGCAUUUUCGCUUCAAAGGUUCGGCUCUUUCUUUUUUGGUUGUUUUCUUCCCUCUCUCUCUUUCGGUGCUCAGUCAAAUUUAAUAUCCCCAUUUGGACAUUACAUAAUCAC